ACACGAUUAUGUACAAACAAUCGCGAAGGUAAUGAAAAAAUGUAAUGACACGGAGAAAGAAUAAGAUAAAUAUACUGUAUAUUAAUUGCCAUGAACUUAUGGAAUUAUAUUAAAAGCAUAAUGAAUAGUCAGUCUUUCUUGGAAUCUGUGGAAUUUCUUCUUUUCAACCUUUGCAUAAUUGCUCAGAAAACAUGAUUUUAGUUGAAAAUUAAAUUGUGUUUUUGAAUGCUUGUUGGGGGAUCGCAAGAUCCACCGAAAUUAAUCGUGAUUACUGAUGCUUAUAACGUAGAAAUUGAAUUUGCUGUGAUGUAUAAUGCAAUUGUUUUAUGAUUUGCAAUGCAUAACUUGCAAUUUUAAUUUUUGCAUAAUACGGAAUCUCAAAAAGAAGCUCUAGUCUGUUUUAUUUCUGUUCAUCUUAUUUGUUUUCUAUAAGCAAUUAAGUUGCUGUUAAUAACAGUAUUGUUCUAUUAUUUUUGUUCCCUUCGCCUAACAAUGUUAUUUUAAAGAUCCAUCUGGCAGUUACCAUAUCUUGCAAAUGUAUUUUUGGACCCAUAGAGAUACGCAAUAUUUCUAAUGUAUAAUCAUUUUAAAUCUCCAUUUUUGUACAAUAAAAUUGGAAAGGGAUAUAAAACUGAUAUUUUUUUGCUGUUUAAUAAUCCCACUUUGUAUUUCAAGCAAUAGUUGAUUUUCAGCACUAUUAAAAUCCAGAACUGCUAUUUGUAUUGCAUUUAAAAAUAGCGAGGUAGUUUAAUUUAGUCGUUGUAGUAUGAUAGUAUGAGUUUAAAAUCGUCUUCAAAAUGUUAAGCUGACAGCUGCAAGUUUUUUUUUCUUUCUUUUUUUUUCUUUUCUUUUCUUUUUUUUUUUUUUUUUUUUUUUUUUUUUUUUUGAAAAAAUCUAGUCUUGGAAAAGUUCAUAAUGAUGAAUGUUUUGACUGAUAUUCUUUGCGACUCAUCAUCUUUGAUGGCUUCACAUAAUUACAAAGAGACUUUAUCACAUAACAAAAUAAUUUCAACUCAAGAAAUUCCUACAAAGCAAACACCACUGCAUCUUCUAGAUACAGUGUCGCAUAUUUCUAACUUGGAAAGACCGUUAUCUGCCAUUAAUCAUUCUAGUCCAUCAAGUAUUGAUUUAUUUAACUCGUCAGGUCAGAUUCAGAUUCCUGCAAACAUGGAGCCAAGUUUUGAAGAGCGAAGUGACGUUUCUGUUUUCUCUGAUGCCUUUCCAGAAAUUGUUCCAUCAUGGCUCGCUCAUGAUUUCAUGAAAGUGUCUGACAAUUUAUCAGCACCAAGUAUUCUAUCCAAUGUUUCGGAUAUUUACCAUACUGGAAGAGAAAACCAACAUCUUGAAAUGCUCGACUUGGGAUUUCCUACAGAUUUGGCUUCCCAGGAUGUUGUUCCGAACGGCUUGAAUAGAGCUUGUAUUGAUGAUGGCCAAAAGCUUCUUGCAGAUUUACCCAUACAGAGAUUUUCAAGCAGUGAUUCUCUUUUGAUACCAUCUUUUAAUGAUAUAAAUAGUACACAGUUGCACAUAUCCAUGAAUAAAAAUGAAAUGCAGUACCAGAAGUUCAAAAACAAUAAUGCACAUCAUAUAGACUCAUCUCGUUCUUUGAUGAACACAGUGUUGCCUUGUGAAAAUGAACUCCUUCACCUUCCAUUGCCUUCAAAUUUGACAGACCAGUGCCUUAAUACAUCUAGUCCAUCUGUAAUGCCCAACAGUCAAAGUCAGUCUCAUUCACUGAGUGUCUGUGAUAAAUUACCUCAGAUAAAUCUCAACCAUUUGGAUUCAUUAUUAGGAAACGAACCUUCUUUGUCUGACAUCCAACUCCUGCGUCAUGAUUUUCCCAGCGUACGCCUGCAUGAAGAGAAUGGCUGUAAUCAGCAUUCAAAUCGCACAUGUUUAGAUAAUUGUAAUGCUCCUAGAAAUAUAAUAUCAUGUGACACAGAAAAUUUUUUAAGUUCCAGCACAGUCUCAGCUGUACCCACAACUCAGGAUAUAUCUAUUCAGGUACCAGAAAUUGUAUUUAAUGAGAAUUUUGCAUCAGAAAGUGACGCAUGCUUUUCAUGUAGCCAGAUACCAAUAGAAUCGGAUGUUGAAAUGGUUCGUUGUUUCAAAUGCAAAUUUUGUGAUUUUAUCAGCAUGCAUAAAUGUUCUGUUGUGAAUCAUAUAAAUAUUUCACAUUCCAAGGAACAAAAUUUUCCAAAUAAAAGAAAUGAUGGUGGAAUUGUAACUUCUAAAAAUUCUGAUAAUUUAAAUACAUCAGUACCUGUUGAAAGUCAAAGUGAAAUUCAUAAUUCCGAGUCAGUCAAUCUUAUUACUUCAACUACUAGUGUACCUCCAAUUUUAAAUGAUGUAACAGUCAUAUCAUCAGUAAGCAAUGUUGUGAAUAGUAAUGAUCACUUCCAAUGUGUUAAGUGUAAUGUAGCAUUUUCUAAUGUAUCUGAUUAUAAAUCUCAUCUUGUAAUUCACCACGAUUCCAAUACAGAGUAUGUUUCUUUGAAUCCUAAAAUCACUUCACUUGGUUAUCAGUUAAUUCCAAUUAAUGGCAUUAUUGUAAAUUCCACGGAAGAUCAAAGGUCUCAAUCUAGUGUUAACAUUCCUGUGAACUGCAAUCAAAGUAUAAUUCAAAGUGUUGGUAAAAAUUUGAAACCUCAGACUAUGAAAAGAAAAAUUUAUCCAAAAAGUUUAGAUGCCUCACCAGUAAAGAUUUCUCCCAAGAAGUCGAAUGUUAAAGAAUCUCCAGUCUCCUCUAAGAAACAAGUUUCUUCGCAUAAAAAGGCAUGGCAGAAGAAGAUGAAUAGGGAGCUUGGUUCAUACAUAUGUGAAUUUAAAGGCUGCAACAUACGUUUUCGUGCAUUGGAUAAUCUUGAGUAUCACAAAAAGUGCCAUGUAUCAGGUGGAAAUGCAUUUGCUUGUCCUGAGUGUGGAAUGGGUUUUGAAAAGUGGGGUGCAGUUGCUGGUCAUUUAUGGAGAUCUCAUAAUAAUGACAUGGAACUGCAUGCCUGUGAUCAGUGUCCUUUCCGUACUUAUAGUCUGAGUCGUUUAGAGAAUCUUCAUAAAAGGAUUCAUCAAGAUGAAUGCUUAUUUCUUUGUGAUACAUGUGGUAAAAAAUUCAAAAAUGGAAAGCAGUUAAGAAACCAUAGGGUCAUUCAUUCUGGAAAUGAGAAAAAACAGAAAAAAGAUGAUUUCAGGUGUAAACUUUGCCCCAGUCAUUUUCCAUCCAAGCGACUUUUGCGCCUUCAUGAAGAUGCAGAGCACAAUAAGAGAAAGCGGUUUUUGUGCAAUUAUUGCAAUCAUGCUGCCACCAAAAAAAGUAGCUUACGCAUGCACAUGAGACAGCAUACUGGCGAAAAGCCAUUUAAGUGUGACCAAUGUGAAUAUCGAACUGGAGAUCACAAUUCUCUGAGGCGUCACAAAAUGAAACAUUCCGGUGAAAAACCAUACAAAUGCCCAUGCUGCCCAUAUUCUACAAUACAGGCCAGUUGUUAUAAAGCUCAUUUGAAAAAACAUCCUGAUGAGACUGAAGGAUUGGUGUUUUCUUGCAAUAUCUGUUCAUUCCGGACAUUAAAACAGAAUUCCUACAUAGAACACAUGACAGAGCAUAAAAGUCUAAGUAUGCUGCAAAGAGAGAAUUAUGCAACUGAUAUGAAUAUCACUGAUGAAAUAUUUCCAUUAGCUGAAGCAAUGGAUAUUAGUCUUUCUCAUGGUGAUGAUAAUCAUACAUUGCACAACAAAGAUAAAUCUAUUCAGUCAUUUUUGAAUAUUACUUUGGUGUCAGUCUGUCAACAGAAUGCUAAUUGAUAUGUUUUGUUAUAUGUUUCUGCUUUUUCAUGGUAGAUUAUUUAUUUGUAUUCCUAUAAAAACAAAUGUUUAACAUUAUUUUGUUAAAAUAAUAAUAAAAAAAGGGAAAAAAUUUA